UAAAAAUAUCUGGAGUUGCUGAGCACACCUUUGCGCAUAGGUGUGUGGGUGGCUGGAUUCUUUGGGUUCUAUACUGUUCUGGGGGUGUAGCUGUAGGUUAUUUUCUAUUACUUUGGGUGUAAUUAGAGUAGUUUCUUUUUGUAUUUAUCCUGAAAAUGACGGCUCAGGUAGACUACCUGGUGGUGUUGUUCACCACCACAUCUGGCGCUUGCGGAGACCUCUUGGGUUCGGACGAGACGGAGCUCGAGCAGUUGGUGUGGCAGCUCGUGGACUUGAAGAACAAAAAGUUGGGAAAGGUGAAUGAGGUGUUAAUACGGCCUGAGCACUCGGACCUUACAGAAGAUUGUCUGGGGGAGAGAGAGGACAGCGAGGAGUCUGUCUCUACAGUCACAGGCUUGGAGCACGCGCUAAACCAGUUCCAUCUGAGAUUGACCAAUGAGGUGAACAGCUUGGGCGCGGGCACGUCAGUGUGUGUGUGUACGGACGGGCAGCUCCACAUUCGCCAGGUUCUCCACCCCGAAGCUGCGGGCAAGAACCUGGCACUGCCAGAAUGUUUCAACUCCUUUUUUGACCUGAAGAAAGAGUUCAGGAAGCACUUCCCCUCUGCAGACACCAAGAGCCUGGAGGUGCAGUACAUGGCAGAAUCUCUCAGUGUAACUGUGGAGCCAGUAGCCAUAUUGGAGCCGCCGGCCGUACUGGAUCCAACGGCUGUGUUGGAUCCGACGGCCAUGUUGUCACCGGUCACAUCAGCACUGCAGGUCCAGACCAUGGCCAACAUCGUCCUAGCCCUGCUAUUGGAACCCUUAUGUCACACAUUCUCAAACCCAGAGAGAGUCACUGAGAAGUUUGAAAGCGGCACUUGCAGUAAGAUGGAGCGUGUGUGUGACAACACAGUGAUCAGAGCAAGGGGGUUGCCGUGGCAGUCAUCUGACCAGGACAUCGCUCGCUUCUUCAGAGGACUCAACAUUGCCAAAGGUGGUGCUGCGUUGUGUCUGAACGCCCAGGGUCGGAGGAACGGAGAGGCUAUGGUCCGCUUCAUCAGUGAAGAGCACAGAGACAUGGCCCUGCAGAGACACAAACACCACAUGGGCAACAGAUACAUAGAGGUGUACAAGACAACAGGAGAGGACUUCCUUAAGAUAGCAGGCGGUACCUCCAGUGAGGUGGCGUUGUUUCUGUCUCGUGAGGACCAGGUGAUUGUCAGGAUGAGAGGUCUUCCCUUCACCGCCACACCUGACCAGGUGCUGGCCUUCUUCUCCCAGGGGGAGGGGCCUAAAGAGGCGUGUCCUGUCAGUGGUGACAAGGAUGGCAUCCUAUUUGUGCGUUUCCCUGAUGGAAGGCCGACAGGCGAUGCCUUUGUCCUAUUCGCCAGUGAGGAGCAUGCUCAGUGCGCUCUCAGGAAGCACAAAGACAUCCUGGGAAAGAGAUACAUUGAGCUGUUCAAGAGCACCGCCGCUGAGGUGCAACAGGUAUGA